UUCCGACCAAACCAAACAAACAAAAAAUACAGGAAAUUAUAUCCCUUUCCUCAAGAAAUCAACCAAAGCCGAGAGCUCUCAUCUUCGUUGAAUUUUAUUUUCUAGGGUUUCUCGAGGGAGGAUCUAACAGAUUCGAAUGGGUGGAGAAGGAGAUUCGAGUCAGCCCCUGAGUGCUGUUGAAGGAGACGCCAUGGUCGCGGUCAACGUCAGGUGCUCUAACGGAUCCAAAUUUACAGUGAGAACGAGUCUGGAUUCGACGGUGGAGGCCUUGAAAGAGUUGGUAGCGCAGAACAGCGAAGUCCCAGCGAAUCAGCAGCGCUUGAUUUACAAGGGGCGCAUCCUCAAGGACGAUCAAUCUCUUCUAAGCUACGGUUUGGAGGCUGAUCACACCGUUCAUAUGGUUAGAGGCUCUGCACCCUCUUCAUCACCACCUCCUUCUGCUAACCAAUCCACUGCACCUCCUAGUGUUACCAGAGGUGUUGGUUCCAAUCCCGGAGAAACUUUGUUCCCUGGACUUGGAUUUAACCCCCCCUUAGGUGGUGGGAACGCUAUGUCUAGCUUAUUUGGAGCUAGUCUUCCCGAUCUUGAGCAGGCACAGCAGCAGCUAGCUCAAAACCCUAACAUGAUUAGAGAUCUGAUGAACACACCAGCCAUUCAGAGUCUCAUGAACAACCCUGAGUUUAUGAGGAGUAUGAUCAUGAGUAAUCCUCAAAUGCGUGACCUUGUUGACCGCAACCCUGAGCUUGGCCAUGUCCUUAAUGACCCUAGCAUCCUUAGGCAGACUCUGGAAGCUGCGAGAAACCCGGAGCUGAUGCGUGAGAUGAUGCGGAAUACUGAUAGGGCCAUGAGUAAUAUUGAGUCUAUGCCUGAGGGGUUUAACCAUCUUAGGCGUAUGUAUGAGAAUGUCCAGGAACCGCUCAUGAAUGCUACGACUAUGUCCGGGAAUGCCGGAAACAAUGCAGCUUCUAAUCCUUUUGCUGCUCUCCUUGGAAACCACGGGGUUACUACACAAGGUAGCGAUGCUGCUAAUAAUUCUACUACACAGCAUGCUCAAACGGGGGCAGGGAAUGGUAUUCCGAAUGCAAAUCCACUUCCUAAUCCUUGGGGUGCUACUGCUGGCCAGACAAAUGCCACAGGAAGGACAAAUUCUGGUGGGGAUACAAGAAGCCCUGGACUAGGUGGCCUUGGUGGUCUUGGAGGCCUUGGUGGACUCGGUAUGCUUGGAGCGGAUUCACCUCUUGGUCCCAUUCCAGAUGCUUCUCAGAUGAGCCAGAUAUUGCAAAAUCCAGCCAUGUCCCAGAUGAUGCAAAGCUUACUCUCCAAUCCACAAUACAUGAACCAGCUUAUGAAUCUCAACCCACAACUCCGAACCAUGCUUGAUUCGAAUCCUCAGUUGAGGGAGAUGAUGCAGAAUCCAGAUUUCCUUCGUCAGUUUAGCUCCCCGGAGAUGAUGCAGCAAAUGAUGACUCUGCAGCAAUCACUUUUUCCUCAGAAUAGGAAUACGACCACCCAUAUGAACGCAAUGUGUAUAGGGACCGGCAACAACGCAGGGCUGGAUUUAUUGAUGAAUCUGUUUGGCAGUCUCGGUGCUGGCGGCCUGAGUGGUACGAACCAAUCCAAUGUUUCUCCAGAGGAACGCUUCGCAACACAGUUGCAACAGCUGCAAGAAAUGGGAUUCUAUGACAGAUCAGAGAACAUAAGGGCUUUGCUUGCAACCAAUGGAAACGUUAACGCUGCUGUGGAACGACUCUUGGGAAGUAUUGGCCAGUAGCAGCAGGUUCGUGAACUGAUCGUCUCUCAUCAAUAUCUGGUGGCAAUCUCUCAGUUAUGGAACUCUUAUUUAUCAUAGGAUCGUGAAACUUGUGGAUAAAAAGAAGCCGCGCCAUACGGUAUUUGUGGUCAUCAUCUCUCUUUACCCAUCCCCCAAAACCUUCUUCUUUUUUAAUAGAUGCUGGUUCAUCUUUUCAGAAUUUAUUUGAGUUGUUACAACAUACGUCUGUAACUGUAAGAGCUAUGGUUUGGGAACUUGGAAUGGCUACAUUUUACGUUAUUCUAUAGGUUUUCGCUGUGAUGUGUUCUUCGUUUAAGAGAUUCCAAUUCAUAGUUUAGGGAUUAAUAAUGGAGGGUAAUCAUAUUGAAACCAAAUCGAACAAAAAAGUUUUGAUUCGACUUGAUUCCCUUUCUGUUGGAACUAUGCCGUACACGGUUUCAAUGUUUAAAC